UUUUUCAAAAUAUUGUUACCGUGAAAGUUACUUCUAAAGUGAACAACGCAUUUUGAACGGAGAAAGAGCAGACCACCACGACUCUUGUUUCCGCUUAAAUCUACAAGACGUCGGCACCAUUUUCCUUCCUUCUUCGUCGCUUCUCUUCUCCUCCACAACCUACGCCAGCACACCUCCAUCGCCGACACUGCUGCAACGUUUCUUUCUCUUAUCCUAUCUCUCUCUGCUGCACCCGCGCCGGCACUCACCACUGCCCACCCUCCUCCCCCACCGCUCACUGCUUUUUUCUGCUGUUCGCCAAGGUCCUACAACCCACCAUCUCUUUAUGGUCGAGUUAGCAUGGAUCAAUUUUCUUUUUUCUUCUUAUGUUUAUGUUGAUUUCUUCAACUCAAUCCAUUCGAAAUUAUGGUAAAACUGGGGGUUGGAAACAGAUAAUUAUUCUCUGAGAGUUAGAGACUGCAGGUUAUAACAGUUCUGCAGUCUUAGCUGCUUUCUGCUUUGGCUCUGUCGAAGGUCGCGUCUGGGUGUUCGAAUGUCGAUGGGGAGCGAUACCACCUGGGUUGGAAAGAAACCUUUGAGGCGAAUCGGAGGAAUGUCCGAUGCCCUCUCAAUUGCUGCCGAUCUCGGUUUCUCUGUCUCUCCUCCGCCUUCACAGGAAGAACUACAAAACAUAUCUUCUGCUAUUGGUGAGAAAGGUGAUGAUCUAAUCAGAGUUUUACGUGAACUUACUGCUGUUCAAAGGAAAAUAGCAGAUCUUCAAGUGGAACUCCAAGGCCGUAAAGAUGACAAGAAUGUAGCUCAUUUGACUCACGUGAGUGAAAUGGAAAAGAAGAUUGAGACUUUAUCAAGGAUUACUACCAUAUUGAAAGAUGUCAUCCAGAACAAGGAUCGUAUAAUUGCUCGUCUUCAGCAACCAUAUUCACUUGAUUGCAUUCCAGUGGAAGCAGAAUAUCAGAAACAAUUUUCUGAGUUAUUGAUGAAGGCUGCUAGUGAUUAUGGAGCUUUGACAGCUUCGGUUGCAGACUUCCAAUGGAGUCAAAACUUUAAGGAGUCACCUUCAGUGUGGGGGGAAAUGCUUAGGCCCAUCCCUGUAGCUUUAGCUUCUUGCACUAGAUUCUUUGAAGCAAUGAGUGCUAUGAGGGAAUCGUUUGCAACACUACAAAAUCUCAGAGUAGGUAAUCCCAAUCCAUCUUUGCCUACAACCCCACCUAUCGAUCCGUCUCUUCGAGUGGCUAGCGAAUCCGACUGCAUUACACCACCUCCAUGGCGAUCCGAUUCAAGCUUUGAUGACUUGGCCAUUAGAACCCUGCAUAGGCAAGAAAAUGGACAACAACAAGCUGGAGAUGAACACAGCGAACAAGAUGAGUUAAAUCAGGUCGAUGGCUCAAGCCAACGAAGAUUGUCAUGGCCUCCUUCCAUUAAAAAGAGUGGCAUUUGAUCUGAUCUGAUCCCUUUUCCAUUAAUUGAUAUUGUACAUUUUAUUUGGUUCAACGAUUGUUGGGUGCAGUCUAACAGAACCAUCUCAUACCACAAUUAUUGUCUUUAUCCACUAAACUAUAUUUGAUUGGCUUUGAUAGUAUUAUGAUGUAAUAGUUCUGUAGUUGAUUCAAACAUGAUCAUUUUUUGCACAUGUAAAAGAUUUGAUUAGAUUGACUCAAGUUGCUCUACUAGACUAGUAUUAGUAAUUAGUGUUACAAACCUUCAAAAGCAUUUGUUUGGACAAGGUGAUUUGUUUUAUUAUUAUAACAAUCAAAUGAGAGGAAUUUUCAAUUCGAACCUCUCAACUUUAGAA